UCUCGUCUCUUUCAGAAGAAGAAGAUCUACUUCAUUCAUCCUUUGAGGUGAAAUUCAACUUCAGCGUGUUGUGCGGGCGCCAUGAGAACGAAUGAGUUUGACUCCUCUGAAGACGAGGAGGUUGGAGAAGAGCAGCUGACUCCCUUCAACGUCUCCUGGUUACCUCUGUCCAUGGUGGAGUGCUCACAGUCUCUGGGGAUUUGUGCUCUACCAGGCUGUAAAUACAAAGAUAUCCGCAGGAGUCUAGACAGAGAUGUUGAAGAGCUGCAGAAUCAGGGCGUGCAGGAGGUGUUUGUUUUCUGCACCAGAGGAGAACUUCAUAAGUACCGGGUCCCCUCCCUGCUGGAGGUGUACGGUCAGCGAGGCUUCACCGUCCAUCACUGGCCCUUUGCAGACGGAGACGCUCCUGAGCUGGAGCAGUGCUGCCACAUCCUGGAGGAGCUGCAGGUCAGCCUGCAAAGCAACAGGAGGACUGUGAUCCACUGUUACGGCGGCCUCGGACGCUCUGGAUUAAUCGCUGCGUGUCUGCUGCUUCAGCUCUCUCUGACCAUGACGGCGAACAAAGCCAUUGACAUCCUGCGGGAGCAGCGAGGAGGCGGAGCCAUCCAGACAGUGAAGCAAUACAACUUCCUGCACGAGUUUCGGGAGCGUUACGUGGCGUUUCAGGCGAGCAGAGCGGUUUCCACAGAGCGCUGCGUGUCUCGGUGAUCGCUCGCCAUCUUCAGAUCAUCAGCUGCAGAGAAAACCUUCUGUCCUCUGAUCGCACUUUAACUUCUUCUGCUUUUAAUCACAGACGUUUAUUAAAGUUCAGGAAGCUUCUCUUUGCUACUUCCUGUCCGUUAUACGUAACGUCCAAUCACGUCGUCUGGUUCAUAAACGUUUAGUUCUGAAUGUAUUUGUCUCUCAGGGUUUCAUUGUCUUCUGUGUGAAAUAAAGAAUGAUUAAACCUCC